GCUGCGCCGGCGGAGCAGCAGCAGCUGGGCAGCGGGGGGGGCAGGGAGGGCAGCAGGGGCAGGGGCAGGGGCAGGGGCAGCAGCUAGGGACGACAUCUUCGGCCGAGCGGGUGGAAGUGCCGCCGCCACCGCAGCAGCAGCAGGUGGAGGGUACGAGCUAUGACACGGAGGAGGAGGCGGCGGAGGAGGGGGCUGCUGGCGGGCCGCCCAGCGGGGAUCCGCUGCUGCAGCGCAUUGAGCGCACACUGGAGGCCAAGAUGCACCAGGCCAGCGAGGCGCUGCACCGCACCCCCGCCGCAGCCGACCUGCAGCGGGCGGGGGCGCUGGUGGGGCUGCUGGGGCAGUGCCUGGGGCUGCUGGGGCAGGUGCGGGACGAGCGGCAGCGGCUGCAGGACACCAGGAGGUACGGCAGCAGGGCGGGGAGGCAGGGUGGCGGGACGCCGCAGUAGGCGGGGCAGCAGCAGCAGCAGCGAGUGGGG